UCAACUCUAUCUAGCUUCCUCCAUUUCUAUACCUCUUCCUCUAUAUGUAUAUAUAAUUCUUCUUCCAUCUAUAAAAUCAACCGCAUACCUUUACACAUAAAGCCGUGAAGAACUUCUAAUUAAUUAUUCCUCAGUACAAAGCUCAAAAUAUGGGUGGAAAAAGCUCAAAGAACAACGACGCAUCAGGCAAUAAUAAUACUAGCAUGUCAGGGAAAGCAUUCAACGGACUUGGCAAUCUCAUCAGACUUCUCCCCACCGGCACCGUCUUCGCCUUCCAAUUCCUUAUCCCUAUCGUCACCAACGAUGGCCGCUGCGGUACCCUCCUCAACAAGUACCUCACGGGAGCUCUGCUUAUUAUCUGUGCUUUCAACUGUGUCUUCGCCAGUUUCACUGAUAGCUACACCGGCAGCGACGGCGGCCGCCACUACGGUGUUGUAACCCCGAAAGGGAUAUGGCCGUCUCCGGCGUCCGAGGAUGUGGACAUGAAGAAGUAUAAGCUCAGGUUUGGAGACUUCGUGCAUGCUUUGUUCUCUCUGUUAGUGUUCGCUGUGUUGGGACUUUUGGAUAACAACACCGUCCAUUGUUUCUACCCGGCGUUUGAAGCGCAGCAGAAGGUUCUCUUGCAGGUUCUGCCGCCGGUGAUCGGAGUGAUUUCCGGUGGGGUGUUCGUGAUGUUCCCUAAUAACCGCCAUGGUAUUGGGUACCCUGCAAGUUCCGACGAUAAUAGUGUUGCCGGAAACUCCCAGAAGCCCUAAUAUGGGGAAACUAUAAACUAUAAAGAGUGUCUGUGUAAAUAUAUUUAUAUGAUGCUUCUGUUUCGCUUGAUUUGAUGGAUAUUGAUGUGGCUUUAAGUUUGGUGACUAUAUUAACAAGUUGGCUAAUUAAUUUUGUUCGUAAAAAUUCAAUAAAAAGGAAGAAUGAUGUUUGUGUGA